AGAGGAGAGAGAGAGAGAGAGAGAGAGAGAGAGAGAGAGAGGGGAGAGCUCUUUCUUUCUCCUUUUUCUUCAGGGCCUUCACUCCUCUGCUUUUUGGGGCAAUGCCAAAACCUCUCCGAAAGCUCCAUUCCUCUCUCCCCCACCAUUCUCUCUUUGUUGCAGACAAUGCACUCAUCUUCCUCACUCCCUCACCUCUGCCUAUACCCUUCUUCUUCUUCAUUAUCUGCCCAAUAGGCUCUGAUUCCUAAGCCAUGGCGGGCUUGAUUGACCUCAACACUGUCGACGACGACGAGGCCCCGCCCACUUCCGCCCCCUUAUCUUCCCCCUCCACCUCCUCCUCCGCCCUAAGCGCCUCCAACUCCAACGCCUCCUCCUCCUCCUCUGCCGUCGCCGCUGCCCCGCCUACCGCCGCUCCCUACCCGGUGUGCCUCGAGCUCUGGCAGGCCUGCGCGGGUCCCCUGAUUUCCCUGCCGCGGAAAGGCAGCGGCGUCGCGUACUUCCCCCAGGGCCAGCUCGAGCAGAGCUCCGACCUCCCCGUCCCCGCCUGCCGCCUCCCUCCACACGUCUUCUGCCGCGUCGUCGACGUCAAGCUCUAUGCAGAUGCGACCUCCUCCGAUGAUGCUUAUGCUCAGGUUGCACUGCUUCCUGAGCACGAGCAAAAUGAGCAGAAACAGCGACAAAGGGACUUGGAAGCAGAAGCUGAGGAGGAUGAGACUGAACCUGCUGGGAAGUCUACCACUCCCCACAUGUUCUGCAAGACCCUCACUGCUUCCGACACGAGCACUCAUGGUGGAUUCUCUGUCCCUCGGCGGGCUGCUGAGGACUGCUUCCCUCCCCUGGACUACAGCCAACAGAGGCCAUCACAAGAGCUCGUAGCAAAAGAUCUACAUAGCUUGGAAUGGAAGUUUAGACAUAUAUAUAGGGGUCAGCCACGGAGGCAUUUGCUCACUACAGGAUGGAGUGCAUUCGUGAACAAGAAGAAGCUUGUAUCUGGAGAUGCCGUGCUUUUCCUCAGGGGUGAAGAUGGCGAAUUAAGACUGGGAAUCAGGAGAGCUGCUCAAGUUAAAGGUUCUGCUACUCACCCAUCUCUCCGAAUCCAACACCUGAAUCAGAGUGCUCUUAUGGAAAUCCCAAAGGCUCUUUCAGUUGGAGGCGUCUUCAAUGUCUACUAUGAUCCAAGAUCAACCACUUCUCAGUUUAUAACACCUUACCGCAAGUUCUUCAAGAGCCUCGAUUGCUCUUUUACCCCUGGGAUGAGGUUCAAAAUGCGUUUUGAAGGAGAGGAUGCAUCCGGGCAGAGGUACUCGGGAUUUAUUACUGGCGUCAGCGAUAUUGAUCCCAUUAGAUGGCCCGGUUCAAAAUGGAGGUGUUUAACAGUACGUUAUGAGUUUGGAAUGGUUAGGUGGGACAAUAUGGAUGCCAUUCGAUGCAACAGGAUUUGUCCAUGGGAAAUUGAGUCAUGCAGUUCGGUACCUGCUGCAAAUGGCUUUAAGUUGCCUGGCUCUAAGCGGACCCGGUUCGGGAUACCUCCAGUCGGUCCAGAAUAUCCAGUUCCAAAUGGAUUUGGAGCACCAGACUUUGGGGAAUCUUAUAGGUUCCAAAAGGUCUUGCAAGGUCAAGAAAACUCGGGUUUUGAUGCUGCCGCUUGUAAUGGUAUGGAAUCUCAGAACCGUCCUCUCUCUGAACUGAGAAGGAACUUAUUGGGUUCGAAUGGUUCUGAAGCCAUAGGCACAGCUUAUAACUGCACAGGCUUUGGUGAAUCUUUCCGAUUCCAUAAGGUCUUGCAAGGUCAAGAAACAUUCCCAAGACAGUCGUACGGGCAAUCCAUCUAUGAUAAUGAGGUCCGCGCGAACAGAAGAUUUGGGUCCUUUGAUACUGUUCAAGCAGUGAGCUCGUGGAACGAGUGGCCUGGGUCAACCUUCAUGAUGGGCCCUAACUCUCAUGUCGGCCCACAAGCAUUACCUGCCCAGGCUUCUUCGCUAUCUUCAGUGUUAACAUUCCCCAAUGCAAUGACAAACUUCAAAAUGCUCCCUUGUCUUCAUGAAGCGAGUAAGGGACUUAGAGUCGGGAAUGAAGGUCUGAAAGGCGAUUCUUUACUUUGGGAUGGAAAGCUUGGGAUUCCUGAUGAUUGCAAUCAUUCACGGCCUCUGCCCCCUUCUCAUCAUAAAGGGAAUCGGGAUGUAGCUCCUUUCAAAAGAGGGUGUCGGCUAUUCGGCUUCUCGUUAAUGGAAGGUGAGAAGUUUUCCGAAAAAGAAGCUGACUUGGGCCCACCGCCGCUUAAUCCAGAUGCUUCAAUUUGCUCACAGUUAUCAACUAAAGAGUUCGUGACCUCCAUUUUGUAAGAGCAGCACUGUUCGUACUUCCGGUUGUAAUCUGUGGAAGGUGUGAUGGACUUGUGUGGUUAUGACUUUUAACUUAGCUGGGGCCUCCAUAAGUUUCGGGCUUUAGCAUUUACACGUGAGUUGAAAGGUAUGGCUUUGGCUUGGAAGUUCUCUUAGUCAUAGGAGUUUAGGCCCAUGGGGUUCCUUGCAGCCGUUGUAAUCUGUUGAUACUCAGAGAUUUCCCUGGCAAAGUAUCUGGGAAAAGCGACGUAGAACAUUCUUAGAUUGGAGAGAUAAUUGGUACCUGAGGUCGUCGAAGAUUGUUUAGUUUACAAAUGAUCUUCUUUCUUAUUAUCAGUAACUUAGUAUCGAGAAUUUUAUUCCAAGGAAGGAAAGACUCAUAAGAUGCUUGUCCGAUGUCCCUCAGGUGCCGACGGCGAGAUGGGAUGCAAUGGAGUGUAUUUGAUGUAUUUUUCGUUUAGGAGGUAGUAAUUGGUAGUUUAUUUUUGGAGAAGUUUCUAACCUUUUUAUGUGUUCCUUCUUUUUAUCUAAUCUGGAAAUUUAUGAGACAAACAAUAUGUAUUGUGCUAUUGUAUGUUUUCGCGACUCA